AUGUCCUCGGUCGGCCAGUCCCUCGGAGCCGUGAACCGCGUCUUCGUCAAGCGGACGCGCCGCGGCCAGGUCCGCACCUUUGUGAGGCAGCUCUACCUCCGCGACGACCUUCCGACAGGCUCGCCGCACCUCGAUGACCUCUCGCUCGAGCCGCGGCUCCUGGGCAGCACCUACAUCGUGCUUGACACGAACGUGGUGCUGCACCAGAUUGACCUGCUCGAGAGGGCCAGUGUGCGCGACGUCAUCGUGCUGCAGACGGUCGUUGACGAGGUCCGACACAACAAGGUGAGCGUGCACAAGCGGCUGCGCGCGCUCAUCGACGACGCGUCGCGCCGGUUCAUCGUCUUCUCCAACGAGUUCCACCGCGAGACGUACACGCAGCGCGAGCCCGGCGAAUCGCCAAACGACCGCAACGACCGCGCCAUUCGCGUCGCGACGGCGUGGUACGCGGCGCAGCUGGACGGGGCUGCGCAGGUGCUGCUGCUGACCAACGACGCGGACAACUUGCGCAAGGCCAAGGCGGAGGGCCUGCGCGCGCAGACGGCGGGCGAGCUGCACCAGGGCAAGCUGCGCGUCUCCCGGCACAACCCGUCGCGCGGCUUCGUCGGCGUGCGCUCGCUGGAGGACUCGUCCGACGUGCUGCUCCCGUCGCGGCAGAUCUCCGGCUCGUACCCGCAAAAGGCGAUGAACCGCGGUGUCGAGGGCGACACGGUGGUGGUGCGGCUGCUGCCGCGCGCGCAGCGCGCGUGGAGGCCGUAUGCGUGCGUCCUCGAUCCGGACUCGGCGAUGGGGUCGCAGUACCUGGCAGAGCCGCUCGACACGCGCAUCCCAAAGAUCAACCUGACGACGCGGCAGGCGGAAAUGCUGCGCGGCAAGCUCAUCCUAGUCUCGGCGGGUCAUCGCUUCCCGACCGGGCACUACGUGCGCACCCUCGGGGCUGUCGGCGACAAGGAGGCCGAGUCGGAGGCCGCCUUGGCGAUCCUGAUCGAGCACGAGGUGAAUUGCGCGCCGUUCUCGCCGCAGGUGCAGGCUUGCCUCCCUGCCAAAGGGUGGACCAUCCCCGAGGCGGAGAUCGCGCGCCGGCUCGACCUGCGCGACGGCGGGCCCUCGGGCAAGGUGCUCGUCUGCUCGGUCGACCCGCCCGGCUGCGUCGACAUCGACGACGCGCUGCACGCGUACGAGCUCGCGCCGGGCAAGUACGAGGUGGGGGUGCACAUCGCCGACGUGGGCCACUUCAUCAAGGGUGGCACGGCGAUCGACGCCGAGGCGGCGGCGCGUGGGACGACCGUCUACCUCGUCAACAAGAGAAUCGACAUGGUCCCGAAGAGGCUGGGCGAGGACCUCUGCUCGCUGCAUGAAAAGGUGGACCGGCUCGCCUUCUCCUGCAUCUGGGAGGUUGACGCCGAGGCCAACAUCCUCUCCUCGCGGUACGAGAAGACGGUGAUCCGCUCGGCAGGCGCCCUGUCGUACGACGAGGCGCAGGCGCGGCUCGACGACACGCGGCUCGACGACCCGCUGACGGCCUCACUCCGCAUCCUCAACACGCUCGCCAAGCAGCUCAAGGCGCGGCGCAUGGCCGCGGGCGCCCUCGUGCUCGGCUCGCCCGAGGUCCGUUUCGUGCUCGACUCCGAGACGUCUGACCCGACCGACGUGGGCAUCUACAAGCACAAGGACGCGAACUCGAUGGUGGAGGAGUUCAUGCUCCUCGCCAACUGCUCCGUCGCCGCCGCGACCACCGCCGCCUUCCCAAAGUGCGCGAUGCUCCGCCGCCACCCGCCGCCGCUGCCGGGCGCGUUCGAGUCGCUCAAGCGGUCGCUCGGCCAGCACGGGUUUGAGCUGGACGACGCGUCCUCGCUCGCGCUCGGCCGCUCGCUCGACGCGUGCGCCAAGCCGGACGACCCGUACUUCAACCAGCUCACGCGCAUCCUGGCGACGCGCGCGAUGCAGCAGGCGCGCUACUUCUCCUCCGGCGCCGCUCCGCCAAGCGAGUACGUCCACUACGGCCUCGCGUGCCCGAUCUACACGCACUUCACCUCGCCGAUCCGGCGCUACUCGGACCAGAUGGUGCACCGGCUGCUGGCGGCCAUCAUCGGGUGGGAGCCGCUCAGUUCGGACGUGCUCGACGCGCGCGCGAUGACGGACCUGACCGACAACCUCAACCACCGCCACACGAUGGCGCAGUACGCCGGCCGCGCGUCGGUCGGGCUGCACACCCUCAUCUUCUUCCGCGGGAAGGAGGUGGAGGAGGACGCGCACGUCAUCAAGGUGCGCGACAACGGCGUCGUGGUGCUCGUGCCGCGUUACGGCAUCGAGGGCGUCAUCUUUGUCUGCGGCGCCGGCGAGCGCAACCCGUUUGCCUUUGACGAGGCGGCAGAGACGCUCCGCGCGCCGGGCUGCUCACUGAGCACGUUCGACAAGGUGCGCGUGCGCAUCCACGUCAACACGGAGAAGGCGCACAAGCCCAAGCUCGAGCUGAGCAUCGUCGAGCCGCAGCUGCCCGCUCGCGCGGGGUAGCGCGCGUCGUUCUCUCCGCACUACCCCCGCGUGACGCCACAGGCAGGCGGGUAGAACGUGAUCGAGUGCCGGCGAUUUUGUUUUGCUCCGACAUCGAAGCUAAAA